AUGGGCCGGGGAAGAGUUGCGAUGAAGCGCAUUGAGAACCCAGUGCACAGGCAGGUUACCUUCUGCAAGCGUCGAGCUGGCCUCCUUAAGAAGGCUAAGGAGCUCUCUGUGCUCUGCGAUGCUGCAAUUGGACUUGUCAUUUUCUCUGCUCAUGGAAAGCUCUAUGAACUAGCCACUAAAGGGACCAUGCAAGAGCUGAUUGAGAGGUAUGGCCACUACACUGGAGGACCUCAGCUGCCUGACGAACCCAUGGUGGAACCUAUGGAAGCAAUAAUGAAAGCUGCAAAUAGAUGUCUUCUUGAAACGAUGGAGGAGAAUGUCAGCCACUCUGAUUUUACUACAAUGAACACUUGUAUGCAGAUGCAUCCACUAACCAUAGGAAAUAACAUCUUUUGA